AUGUCAUCCAAUCAAGCUCGUGCAGGUUCACCAGUUCCUGAAUUGAAUAGACCAACUGCUAAACGGUCCCCCUCCAUUUUGGUUACUGAUGCUCGAAGUCAUCAGGUAAAAGGAGCUAGGGCUCCAUUCGCAGGUCACAAUUUCAAAAAGCAACAGCAACAGCAACAGCAACAGCAACAGCAGCAACAACAACAGCAGCAACAACAACAGCAACAACAUCAAUCACCAUACAGCUUUGAGCAGCUGCAACAUCAAAAUGCAUUGCUGAAACGUUUAGCAUUUAGGAACAAGUACACUGAUAUCUCUGUUGACAAGUUGCUAAGCAAUUCCAGUGAUAUCCCAUCGGGUCAGAGUCGACUCCCACCGAAACUCGGCCUUGGCAGAAUUAGGAAUAGUUCAGCAUCGCCUCCGCCUCCGAUCGUGGGUCCUUCGAACCCGGAAUCGAGGAGAAAUAUAAGGAGCAUUCCCAAACUAUCGCAGUCGUUACCGUCAAGAACUUCAAAAACGUCACAAAAGUUGGUGUUGAUACCUGAUGAGCAAAGACUUAGUGGAUCACCACCACCCAAUGGUGAGGCCACAGAGCCAAUUGAUAGCAAUUUGGAACUACAAGCUCAAAUAUCGCGAUCAAGAGCAGAGCUAAUGCCAAAGGAAAAACGUGCUAGAGAAUUCAGUAGGAUGACUGCGUACUUUAUUUGCGAGGAAUUUGAUCUUCCAGCAGUUGCAAAGUUUCUAAGAAAGCACCACGAGGUCAAGCCAAGGUUGUAUGACGAAGCAUUGUAUGUGCCGUAUACAUUGCCCUUGCUUCCGGGAACCGAUGGGCUACGUGUCAAAUCAAACAACUCCACCAAACUCCAAGCAAAGAAUAAACACAUGGAAAAGAUGAUCAACAAGUCGGAACAAACAGACCACCUUUAUGAAUACUACUCCGGAGUUGAGACUCCAGAGGAUGCAAACAACUACUCAAUGGAUCCGGAGUUGGAAAAUUUUGACAAUAGCAGUCCCUUUGACCCAAGUGAGCCACAAUUUUUUGCACCACCGUUGGACGUAUCAGGAAUCAGCGAUGAUGGCGAUAGCGCCGAUUCUAAUAGUGACAAGAGUGGUAAAAGUCCAAAAAAGAGUAGGGCAAAGGAAACGCAGAGCUCGUCAACACAUAGCCUGUCAGAUGUUUCCAAACAUCACGCCGAAAUGUUUGUCUUUGCAUACGGUGUUGUUGUGUUUUGGAAUUUUUCCGAGGUUCACGAAAAGAAUAUUCUUGCAGAUUUGGCGUUUGCCGAACAGGAUCUUCUCAUAAAUCCAAUCGACGAACAGGAUAUCGAAACCGAGGAAUUCCACUUUGAAUACGACAAGGAAAUUCACAGGCCAAGAAUAUACAACGAUAUGAUCACCUUACGUUCGAGUGACCACUUGAUUAAGCUCACCAUGUCUCAUGCAAUAGCGCAACUGACGAAAUUGGGAUUAUUUGAGAGCAGAAUGGUGAAUAUCUUGCACCUGAUUAGUAAAUUACCCAAAAAAUUGGCAUUAACGGGUAGAUUAGGGUUGAAAAGAAAUCAAUUGUUGAAGAAAUCAGGUAAGUUGUUCAAGCUACGUGUAGACGUGAACUUGUCAAGUUCGAUAUUGGAUACUCCUGAUUUUUUUUGGUCAUUUGAGCCCGCUUUGCAUCCAUUGUACAAUGCUGUGCGAGAGUACUUGGAAAUCGACCAGAGAGUGCAAGUCUUGAACGACCGGUGCAAAGUGUUUUUGGAGUUUUCGGAUAUUGUCACCGACAGCAUGAACGAGAAGAAUACAAACCGCAUUACCUGGAUGUUGAUCAUUAUCAUUUUCCUCAGUCUUUUUGGCAAGGCAACAAAAAAAAAAAAAAUACAAAUAAAUAAAGUAAAUGACAACAAAGAUACUGAUCAUUACUCUCUUAGAUUGUUGCAAAACACAAUAUUUCCCGAAAUGUCUCUACCGUCAAUACACGCAAAAGGGGGGCUCUCCCGCUACGAAGCAGUCAAACCUAUUACAUCUGGGAAAAAACGAGCGAAUCGACCGGUGGAGUACAUUUUAAAGACCAUCGAUGACAAAGUUCAAGCAGCAGUUGCACACCAAGAAGAUCACGAUGGAGACAUCGAAAUGGUUCCUAUGGAAAACGAGCAGGAAGUGGAUCUCAUAACGUCAUAUGUGAACAAAUCUCGUGACGCUGAUUACUACGAAGACGAAGUGAACAUGGACAUAGAAGAUGCACCCGAUCUUACCCUAAUUGAUGGGAAUAUAUCACUCUUGAUUAUCGAUACGAAUUUCUGCAUCUCUCAUUUAGCCAUUUUAGAUGACCUCAACCGAUUGGCAAAUGACUACGGACUCAAAAUAAUUAUCCCCGUUUAUGUGAUACAAGAGUUGGAUGGGUUGAAAAACUCAACCAAGUCCGAGAAUGAUCAGUCAAGUAGCGAGUCGGUCAAGAAUCUUGCAAGGUGGGCAAAUGAUUGGAUAUACAAUCAACUUGCCAGCAAUCUGAGCACAGUAAAGGGACAAAAACUCAGUCAAAGAAUAGAUACACAAUUGACCAAGGACGAUGCAAUUCUUGACUGCUGUCUAUACUUUCAAAAAUACCACCCACAACAUUUGAUUGUUCUCUUGUCAAAUGAUAAGAACCUCUGUACCAAAGCACUAAUGCAUGAAAUACUAACUGUCAGCUUCCGACCGGGUAUGGAGGCUUCAUUGAUUGCUCAAAAAGUCAAGAAUGAGAGCUUGUCAAGAUUUGGCCUUCGUGAGCCAUUGUAUAAACCUAAUCAACCGUUACAUAAUGUGGCGCCCGAAAUCAAUAAGGUUGCAAGAGUGGUAAACAACACAUCUGGGAUACCACCGCUGUUGGUGAUUUACAAAGAGAUUCAGAUUUUAUUACUGAGUGUUUUACACCAUUGCAUGGUGGCAGAGUAUCAAGAUGAUAUCGACCUAAUACGUGAUUAUAAAAAGGAAAACGUUGUGAGCUUACUUCAAUGCAGCCAAAUAUUAAUCCGGUUUUGGGUUUCAGUAUUCCAGCAGUAUUUUAGGGCCAUGCCAGUGCGAUUUGUACCAUUUGAAGAAAUAGGCGAAGGAAGAAAGCUGAAGAAAAUUCCGGUAUACGUUGAUGAACCAACAGCUCAAAACGCGCUCAAAUUUGUGGAUUUCUGGUCUGCGGUAUUAAAGUUAGAUGGAAGGAAUUAG